AUGAGACAUUUCUUUUAUUCGAAACCCGCUACAUCACUCAGGACUCUGACGGAGAUUUUGAAAGCAGUGAAGCCCAACGAUGCUCCCGUCAAGUACUCAAGGAGUAUUGCUCCCGGCCUCAACACCAACCGCAAGGAAGUCAUCCAUGACCGACUUAGGCAGGAGCUGGGCGGUCGUAUUGAGUUCUCGCGAAACCUGCACACGUUUGUGGCAACUCCAGCUCCCGAGUUAGACGACUUGGUCGAGCAUGUCGCCUUUUCGGGUACUUGGGGGGAGGAAGAGCCGAUGAAAGACCUCUUUGCCCAAAUCAAUGCGGUUGUGAGUCUGCUAUGUCGUUGCACAAUACAAGUUACCCAAUACAUUGCUUAAUAAAUGAAUCUUCUGCUGGCGCAACAGGGUCCGGCUAUACGUCAUAUCGUUGCAAGUGGUUUUUUGAACAUCGUCGUUCCGACCUCGGCCGGCCAGCUCCCUCACGACGAUCACGCACCGGACGCGGUCGCUCUCUUCUCCUUUGCGUCGACGGAGCCAAUCGAGAGGGUCUGGGCAAUGUCAGAUGAUGAAUGGAGGAGGGAGGGGAUUCGGUUAGGCAAGCGUCCGGAAGAUCUUCGCCAACUGAAUCACGUACUCGCGCCUGGAGAAUUGAAAAAGGGGAACAAAGGAGGCUCUGCCGUUUGGCAGAGUGUGCGGAGGUUCUAUCGUCUGAAAUCAGCAAAUGCUCUGCGUGAAUUCACGUACGGCUUCACGCUGGUGGGAUCGCAGUUCCGCGUUCUUAUUCACUCGGCAAGCGGCGUCUUCAAGACGAAUGAGUUCGACUGUUCUCAACAAGAAGGCUACGCGACUCUUUUGAGGUUCCUGGUCCGACUCGUUGUCGCUCCCGAGCUCGACCUCGGCAUCAUCGCUUCUGGCCCCACCUACCCCGUCACAGUGGACAGCCUACCGCCCAUCAUAUACCAACGCCCCAUCGCAGCUUUGUCGAGCCCAAGACUCACACAUCAAGGAGUUUGUCUGUGGCAACCGACCCACCUUAAUGAUGCAAUGACCGGGCCCCGAGCUAUUUGCUAUCCCGGAGUCUUCAACAACGUUGAGACGGGUAGCCAAGCUUCGUUUGGUGGUUCACCGGAGCACUCCGUCGUCUUCUCGCUCGUCGACCAAGAUCAAGCCGAACGGACAAGCGAGUUCCUGAAACGAGUGCAUUCUCUGCAGCCACACGAGCGGGAGGGUCUCGCGGUGGUAGAUAUGAUCUUUCGGGAUCCUCAAGCCUAUCGCAGCGCUCCGGUCGCUGUGUGCGGUGGUGACACGGGAUGUGGAACUGUCCCGAGAGCGGUUCAAUACGUCAAGUAUGACAGACGUUUCGAGUCGAUUCUGGAGGCCAAGUCUACAACCCACCUCACCCAGAUAAUCUUAGGCGCAGCCAAAGGUGUGUAGUAGUGAGCCUUGUUCAUCUCACCACACAAGGGCGAGAUCUGAUCAGUCAUCAGGGCAAUGGCCCAACACAGGUAUCCGCACUCUUUACCGGCUCAACAUACUGAAUCUGGAUCUUUCAGUCGAUAACAUCGUCGUCAUCGCCGACGGCACGGGAUGCCUACUACUCCCCAACUGGCUAUGCUUCUUGAACGAUCCUUCGUCGGAGGAAGAGCGUCUAGAACCUGUGGUGAGUCAAGCUCGUCACCGUGCCCCCCUCCCGUCCCCUCCCGUCCCCCGUCCCUACUUCAGCAAGGCUCUAACCGCUAAUUUUGCGGGCGUCGCAUCUGCAGGGCGCGCUGACAACAAUGGCCCGGGCAAAUCUUCCGACGAUCUCGCCUCGAAUCAAACAAGAGAUAUGGCACCAGGUCGAACAGCUGUUCUUCAUCGUUUUAUACGUGGUCUCAAGCCGGCCUCUGGGACCCCAAAGCCCGAAAAGGAUGUCGAAGGAGGAUGAGCUGGACUGGGAAGACUGGGACUCUGUCGUUCCGAUGAUGGAAGCUCUGAAAACCGAGCUAUUCCAAAGGCCAGAGCGCUGGGAGUCUCGCGUAGAACAAUACAGUUCUUUUUGGACCAACAUUGGCUCGCUAUCCCAAGUAUUGUUCAAGUACUGCGGGAUAACAUUGAUUCGCGAAAGGAGCACGAUAGCAGAGGAAGAAACGGCUCUGUUUGAGGAAUGGGGGGGCGGGACGGCGCAGCUCGUUUGCUCGACAGACUGGUUCUCGACCUGCAGUCGCUCUCCAUCACGCUCGCGGCACAGAACUUGA